CAACAACAUCAUACCAAACAAAUCCUCAAAAGUCUCAAAUCCAUCUCAAAACUCACAGAGAACAGAAAAAAAAAAAACAUAACAAAAAGACGUUACCUUUCCAUCGAUUUCAGCUCUCUGCAAAUGAGUUAAUCCUCCAUGGCUGCCAUGUUGAAGCAGCCAUGGCCACCGUCUCUUCCUCUCCCUCCUCAUUUAACCCUAAUUUUCCUCUCUUUGAUUCUCCUCUUCCCUUAUCAAUCCUUCUCUCAAUCAGAUUCUCCUCAAAACAUCGAAACCUUCUUCCCAAAUGACACCCUCACCGCUCCGCCUCCCUCUCCGGUUCCUCUCCCGCAGCAAAACCCACCAUCACCGUCCUCGGACAGAGACAAGAUCACGAGGGCUAUACUCAUAACGGCGGCAAGCACUUUACUUGUAGCAGCCGUUUUCUUUCUCUUCGUCCAUCUCUACACCGUGCGGCGGCGACGACGGAGAGACAGAGUCAACGUCGUGAACAACCUUCCUCCGGCUCCUCCACUUGCAGAGGCGGCGUUAGCUCGGGAAGGGUUCACGAGAUUCGGAGGAAACGUCAAAGGAUUGAUCUUGGAUGAGAACGGUCUCGAUGUGUUGUAUUGGAGAAAGACUCAGAGUCAGAGAAACAAUAAAAGCGGAAGCUUUAGAAAAGAGAUCGUCCACGGUGGCGACGGUAACGACGAUGAAGAGAAGAAUGUGAUUUAUUCAAAGAACAAGAAGAAGUCUGAACCGGUUACAGAGAUGCCUCUUCUCAGAGGAAGAUCCUCCACUUCUCACAGUGUAGUUCACAAUGAUAACCAUCCGGUUAAGUCAGAUUCUUUCGAGUUUGCUAAACCGGAUACACCACCACCUCCUCCGCCUCCGCCUCCAGUUAAAAAAACCGCACCAGCACCACCUCCACCUCCUCCCUCUAAGCUUAAUGGUCCUUCUCCGCCACCACCUCCGCUGUUAAAGAAGACGGCAGGUUCAAAACCACCGCCGGCUCCUAGAGGGUCAUCUUCAGGGGAAGGCUCAACUUCUGAAAAUGGUCAGGUCAAGUUAAAGCCUCUUCAUUGGGAUAAAGUCAACCCUGACUCAGACCAUUCCAUGGUUUGGGACAAAAUCGACCGUGGCUCAUUCAGCUUCGAUGCUGAUCUUAUGGAAGCCCUCUUCGGCUACGUUGCCGUGGGGAAGAAGUCACCAGAUCACGAAAAGCCUAUCUCAACCACUCCUACACAGAUCUUCAUCCUCGACCCUAGAAAGUCACAGAACACAGCCAUUGUUCUCAAGUCUUUAGGUAUGACACGUCACGAGCUAGUCGAAUCUUUAAUGGAAGGAAACGAUUUUCAUCCAGACACACUCGAGAGGCUUGCGAGGAUAGCUCCAACGCAAGAAGAACAAACAAUGAUCCUCCAGUUCGACGGCGACACGACAAAGCUCGCUGACGCUGAGUCCUUCCUGUUCCAUCUCCUCAAGGCUGUUCCUAGCGCGUUCACUAGACUCAACGCGUUGCUCUUCAGAGCUAACUACUAUCCUGAGAUCAGUAACCAUAAAAACUCUCUAAAGACGUUAGACUCUGCUUGUGCAGAGCUUAGGUCACGUGGCUUGUUCGUCAAGCUUCUCGAAGCGAUACUAAAAUCCGGAAACAGAAUGAACGCAGGAACAGCUAGAGGAGACGCUCAAGCUUUUAAUCUAACAGCGUUGUUGAAACUCUCUGACGUUAAGAGUGUCGACGGGAGGACUACGCUGCUUAACUUCGUGGUGGAAGAGGUUGUUAGGUCAGAAGGGAAGAGGUGUUUGAUUAACAGAAGGAGCUUGAGCAGAACAAGUAGCAACUCUAUCUCAGAGGUUAUAUCAAAGGAGGAGCAAGAGAAGGAGUAUCUUCGACUCGGUUUACCCGUCGUUGGAGGGUUAAGCUCUGAGUUCUCAAACGUUAAGAAAGCUGCGGCUAUAGAUUACGACACGGUUUCAGCAACUUGCUUGGCUCUCACGUCAAGAGCUAAAGAAGCUAGAAGAGUGUUGUCACAAUGUGGAGGAGAUAACAGGUUUGUGGAGAAGAUGGUUGAGUUUCUUGACGCGGCUGAGGAAGAGGUGAAGGUGGCUAGAGAAGAUGAGAAGAAAGUGAUGGAGCUUGUGAAGAGGACAACGGAGUAUUACCAAGCGGGUGGGCCUGUGAAGGGGAAGAAUCCACUUCAUUUGUUUGUUAUCGUUAGAGAUUUUCUUGGGAUGGUUGAUAAAGUGUGUGUAGAGAUUGCGAGGAACAUGCAGAGGAGAGCAACGGGAAGUAGUCCUCAACAGCAGAGGAACGCAGUUAAGUUUCCUGUUUUGCCUCCGAACUUUAUGUCGGAUAGGUCGAGAAGUGAUUCUGGUGGAUCAGAUUCUGAUAUGUGAAGAGUGCCUGGGAUUUGUUUGGUUUUGUAUAUAAUAGAACCGUCUGGGUGUUGAUUAUGGUUUUUUUUUUUUUUUUGCAUGACAGUUUUUGAAGUGUUAAUAAUAUU